UGUUAAGGGUAGCGCUGGUGCUUAUUUAAUUUCUUCAGAGGAGGAAUACAGUUUGCUUAUUGAAGAUGCAGUUCAUGCUUCUAUUCAGUCGACAAGGCAAGCUCAGGCUUCAGAAAUGGUAUGUGCCCUUGUCUGAUAAGGAGAAAAAGAAGAUCACCCGGGAGCUGGUGCAGACAGUCCUGGCUCGAAAGCCCAAAAUGUGCAGCUUUUUAGAGUGGCGAGACCUCAAGAUUGUAUACAAGAGAUAUGCCAGCCUGUAUUUCUGCUGUGCCAUAGAGGACCAGGAUAACGAGCUCAUUACACUGGAGAUCAUCCACAGAUACGUGGAGCUGCUGGAUAAAUACUUUGGCAGUGUUUGUGAGUUGGACAUUAUUUUUAACUUUGAAAAGGCCUACUUCAUCCUUGAUGAAUUCUUGCUGGGUGGAGAAGCUCAGGAGACGUCUAAAAAGAAUGUAUUGAAGGCCAUUGAGCAGGCUGACCUGCUGCAGGAGAAUAUAGACUUUCAGAUGCGCCUGUUUGCAGGUAACUUUGGUGGAAAGCCCAAUAACCCUUGCUGUAGUAUUAGAUCAGUAGCCUUAGAUGUAAACUCACCACCACAAGGCCAGCAGAAACAGCAUCCCAGCAACAUUAAUACAGAUUUUGAAGUUACUGGUUUGUUGUUCUCUCUCAUAUCGCAACCCUCAUGUCUCAAAUAAUCCAUUAAAUCAUGUAGCUAUAAUCGUAGACACUAACCAAUAACAUGCCAUUACCACCAUGUCUAAAAAAUAUUUUAUAGCACAGGCAACAUUAAUUUGCAUCUUUUAAACCUUUCAUAAAGAGUCUACAACUGUUUCAAAUGGCAAGAAUGUUUAUAACAAUGCUGUGCUCAGAAUCAAACCUUCAGCAUUGCCCAUUUGAGCCUCUCCUAUGACCGCACUGGAUAUCAGGUAGACUUACGAGAAGGUAAUGAAAAGUCACAGUAGGUAGCAAAUCUCAAUGGCAGUUUCCUAAAUUCUUAGGUAAAUGUAAUUUGAGGCUCCCAAGUAUUUAAUUACUCAAACUGUAAGGCAGUACAGUCUAUAUUAAUGAAGAUCGCUGGUGUCUCUGAUAGUCAGAUACAAGAGAGGGGUUUGUUCUGCCCAGGUUUACGUUCUUGUGGUAACACAACAGUGCGGCUACAGACACAGCUUCAGUGCUUCAGUUUAAUCAGGGGUUUAUGCGCUGCAACCCUACUAUAAUAACCUAUAAUAAUAUACAGAUCUCUUCCAGAGACUCGUAGAAUCUAUGCCAAGGCACACUGAAGUUGUUCUGGUGGCUCGUGGUGGCCCAGCACCUUUCUGAGAUACUUCAUUUUGGUUUCUCCCUUGAAUUGUCACUUGUCUGUGCAUAGCAAAUGUAUUGGGUAGUGGGAAAAGGUAGCUGCUUAAACACAGGUGCUGAUUCGGUCAUGGGCUUUGGAUUGAUAAUGUAAAUGUAAUGUGAACUCAUUCAGUGUGUGAGUUAUUUCACUGUAAAUGAAACACAAGCAAGCCACAGUUCAUCAUGAUCUCACAGAUUAGAUUCUAAAUUCUCUAGAUUAUUACAUUGAAAGAGUUGUUCAAGUUCCUAAUUAAUGAUUAAACUAAGCAUGCACGGUUUAUUGAAUUAAGUGUUUUUCACUUCAUUUAUUCAUACAUGCUUAAAAAUCUUUUAGGAUUUUGUUGAUGACUGAAAUAAAGGGAGAAAGACUUGCAAUGCAGAAACAAAGCCUCAUUGUCUGCAUGGCUGAGACCACACAAACAAUUCUGGCCUAAAUGAGCAUUACACACAGAGGGAGCGUAAUUAUCAUAGCAAAACCACAUUGUCACUGCAGCUAUGAUUCUGACCAUAAGUGCUCUCUUCAGCUGUACACUGACACACACUGGUUGCAGCUUAACAGCUGUUGUCGUCCAGCCAUAAUGCAAAAGCAGUUCUCUCUCAUGCACUUGUGGUUUUACUUGCUUUCGCUAUGUUGAUGUAUACCCAUGUCAGUAUUUCUAUUACCGUUCUGAUUCUUCAUGCAUCCACUUGGACACAUUUCAGUGGAACAUGGACCCAGUCUCAUGAAAUGCUAUAUAUCAAGAGAGAGUGAAAUCAUAAAUGUUAGGUUUGCUAAAACUGUGUGAAAUAGCAUUUUUAUAGAGAAUCAGAGCAACAAUAUAAACAAUUUUAACCUUUGUGUCAAAUGAGAUUUGAGAGGAUCGGUUUGAACAUUAAAUAUGUGCAGGGCAAAAUCUGCAAAGGUCUUUCACCAGUGUGGUUUUGCAUUUCACAUUGGUUUAGCAGGCUGAUGGGUUCAGCUGGCUUUGUUUGCUCAACAUUUAGUCAAUUAGUGAGCUGAAAAGCCACUCCUUCUGAGUUCUGGGAACCAAAAUGAGGACACUGCUGACAUCAUUAACAUCCAGUUGAGAAAGCUAAUAUGAACUGCACAUGCAUUGAAGGAAAAGUCCACCUUUAAACACCUGACAUUGUUUGAAAAAACAGCUUGUAGCAGUAUAUGUGGCUUUGCUAUCUAUUGUUGUUUGAUCAUGUAUUUUUGGAGUUUGACAGCAGAAACAAAACAUAAAACAUGUUAUGUUUUUGUGUCAGCCCCUCAGAAACAUAGAGCUAGGCCUUCUUUCUAGGCUUCCCAUUUUGCAAUGAUAUUCAGCAGUCAUACAGUCAAAAAGCCAUCAUAGCAAAGGCAGAUAGCAGUUUUUCCAACAGUAGCCUCAAUUGACCAUCAUGCAAGGUGGCCAAAAAUCAUGUUACAUUUUCAGUAUUAGGCACAAAUCAAAUUUUUCUUGACCCAAAAAACGCUUGCUCU